AUGGCGGUAUGGCACCAUAUCGUUCAUUUCCCUAGACUCCGCGGUCUUGUCUUUGGAGCAGAGAUUGUGCAGCCAGAGGGAGUGGGAAUGGGUAAUGGGUUGGGUAAUGGGCAAUGGGUCCCCUCCCCCGUCGAGAUGCUAUGGACGAUGUACAUGUACAGCAGAUACCACGAAAGAUCCGGCCCUCGGUCACGUUCAGCAGCUCUUUACGCCUCUUUGGGAAUCCCAUCCAGCUAUCGUGGAGUGCGGUUACGAGCUUCGGACGAUCCACGGGAGGUACUCGUUCCGUUGUCACUCUACUCCUACGCAGAUUUGGCAGGCGUGGAGAGCGGUAAAAUAGCUGGAGCCCCAAGUGCCCUCUAUUCGAAACUACCUACGGACGGAGCAGGAGGAAGUCCUCGUCCUCGUCAUUAG